AUGGCUCCGAGCCCCAAGGAGCCUUCCUACAAGGAAGUCCUGACCCCGAGCAGCUCUGAGGCCCAAGGAUCCGUCCUACAAGGAAGUCCCGACUCCGAGCUGCUCCCAGCUGAAGGCCCGAAGCCCCAAGGAGCCAUCCUACAGGGAAUCCCGACUCCGGGCAGCUCCGAGCCCCAAAGAGCCGUCCUACAAGGAAGUCCCGACCCUGAGCAGCUCCAGGAUGGAGGCCCAAAGCCCCAAGGAGCCAUCCUACAGGGAAUCCCGACUCCGGGCAGCUCCGAGCCCCAAAGAGCCAUCCUACAAGGAAGUCCCGACUCCCAGCCGAAGGCCCAAAGCCCCAAGGAGCCUUCCUACAAGGAAGUCCCAACCCCGAGCUGCUCCCAGCUGAAGGCCCGAAGCCCCAAGGAGCCGCCCUACAGGGAAUCCCGACUCCGGGCAGCUCUGAGCCCCAAGGAGCCUUCCUACAAGGAAGACCCAACCCCGAGCAGCUCCAGGAUGGAGGCCCAAAGCCCCAAAGAGCCUUCCUACAAGGAAGUCCCGACUCCGAGCUGCUCCCAGCUGAAGGCCUGA